AGCCUUUUCCGCAUUUUCUUGGAUGCAGCGCAUAUCGUGAGCGGGGUUGCCAUCUGAGCAUCAUUACUUUUAAGGUUAAACCUUAUUUUUACGGCGGCGGAGGGAUAUCUCCGCCCCCUUUACACGCGUCAAAAUAUUGGAGUUAAGAAGGAGAGACGACCUCAAUUGAGCUUAGAAUAGAAGAGAGAGGAAAAGAUACAGUAUCGUUGUUUAUUAUUUUGUGGCUGCUGUGUUUCUGUUUGUAUUUUCCUUUUCUUCAUUUGGACUAUUAAAUUUGACCAGGACCUAAAAGGAGCUUCUUACAACUCUGAAACAGAUGAACGUUUUAAAUCGAAGAUAAACCUCUCGACCGCAACGCGGUGUGUUUCUCAGGUCGGAUCUACAGUGACAUUACUCCGUAGCUUUUGCUAUACUGCAGCAGUGGCGGAUCACAGAAUUUCGAUAAGGCGGGUGGUUCAGACGAAGAAGGAGACCGUCUUUAAAACGAAUUGGUUUUGAGUCGGCAUUCACUGAUCAAGCUUUUUGUCGAAGUGAUAACGUGAAGACGGCCUUCUAAGGAUUUUAUAUUGAUUUGCUAGAUAUGUUGCUGUCCAAGUUUGGAUCUCUGGCUCAUAUUUGCAAUCCGAACAGCAUGGACCAUUUACCGGUGAAAAUCCAGUUACAACCAGUGAAAGUCGAGAAGGAGCCAUUCGAGAAGGUCUAUCAAGUCGGAUCUGUGGUGGGAAGCGGGGGAUUUGGGACCGUGUACUCCGGCAAUAGAAUCUCAGAUGGGCUCCCUGUUGCUAUAAAGCAUGUUGCAAAGGAUCGAGUCACAGAGUGGGGGUCCAUAAGCGGGGUGGUGGUUCCUUUGGAAAUCAUGCUUCUGAAGAAAGUUGGCUCUGGCUACCGAGGAGUAAUAAAGCUGUUGGACUGGUAUGAGAGAGCCGACGGCUGGCUGAUCGUCAUGGAGAGGCCGGAGCUAGUGAAGGAUUUGUUUGAUUUCAUCACUGAAAAGGGCGCAUUGGAUGAAGAUACUGCUAGGGGAUUUUUUCGCCAGGUUUUGGAAGCAGUCCGGCACUGUUACAAUUGUGGAGUGGUUCAUCGAGACAUCAAGGAUGAAAAUCUGCUGGUGGACUUGAGGAGUGGAGAGCUGAAACUAAUUGAUUUCGGGUCAGGGGCAAUUCUGAAGGACACCGUCUACACAGAUUUUGACGGUACAAGGGUGUACAGUCCACCAGAGUGGAUCCGCUAUCAUAGAUACCAUGGCAGGUCAGCUACUGUGUGGUCACUGGGAGUGCUGCUAUAUGACAUGGUCUGCGGAGAUAUCCCUUUUGAACAAGAUGAGGAGAUUCUAAGGGGUCGGCUGUACUUCAGGAGGAGAAUUUCUUCUGAAUGCCAGCAGCUGAUUAAGUGGUGCCUUUCCCUGAGGCCUUCAGAUAGACCUACAUUGGAACAGAUAUUUGACCACCAGUGGAUGCGAACAUCAGAAACUGCUAAAACAGAAGACUGUGAUAUUAGGUUGAGGACCAUAGACACUGAUGUAUCUAGCACAAGUUCAAGCAAAGAAAGCCUAUGAUAUAUAUAAAUUUUUUAAUUUAAUUUUAUUUAUGGGAGGGGAACCACAACUCAAGGACUAUGUGGUUGUUGCCAAGCUGGGGGAGGGAAAUAUGAAAAUACAUUUAAUGUCUGCAAUUUUUUUUUUUUUUUUUUGUUUUGGAGCGUUGUUUGACAGUCGAGCCAAGUUUUUCUUUCUUUCUCCUUUCAUAUUUUAUAUAAAGACUAACAGCAUUUUCAAGUACAGUGACCUCUCAACACUAUUGCAGACAUUUGCUCUCAUAGAGCCAGGACUUUUUUUUUUUUUUUUUCCUCAGUUUAGACUUAAGUUUUCUUUUGAGUGCCUUUUUUGAAAGCUGCUUCAAUGGGACUCCAAUCUUUUGAACCUAUUGCAUGUUUUUAGUGUACAGAGGAACUUGGCCUCCUUGCAAGUUGUUAGUUCCUUGUGCUUUUGUAAACAUGCUUGGCAGAUGAAGUUGAGUCCCAUUCACUGGUGAUGGAAUACUUGAAUCACUAACACUCACCCUGCACCCGUUCUUUCUCUGCUGCUUUAAUUGAAUAGAAAAAAUCAGUCUAUGUACCAACAUGAAAAUAAAAUAUUCAAAGCUUUAUAUACAGAUGACACCCAUCCUUAAUUUCACCAUCAUUCAAAAAACAAUAAGCCUUUUAUUUAUUUAUUUAUUUUUAUUUUUUAAGAACUCCUUCCAUCUUUCCAUCAGGCUAUUUAUAUGGCCAAGGUAUUUUAGGGCAUGGUUGUAUAUGCACAAUCAAUGCAAUAUUCAAGGACUCAUUUAUAUAAUUUUUUUAUCUGUAUAAUCUAUUUAAUGUAUUUUCUGUGUCCUUUUUUUUUAAUUUAUUUGUAAAAAAUUUAGUCAUCCACAGUGUUGAUCUGUGGUUAUUUAUUUGUUUAUUUAUUUGUUUAGGUAAAAAUCCAUACUUCUUUCUUAAGGCAUCCAUUAGUCAUUUCAUGGGCUUUUUAUUAUUGCAUUCCUGUCUAUUGUAAAUUAUUUUUCAUGCUUACAAUCAGCUGUCAGUGUUCUGGAGUGGAUUAUUUGCAUAAAGGGUGUGGUUGUUUUCCCCUGAAAAGCAAUGAUGUUCAUUUUCCUUGAAAACCACACUGAAGUUUGACCAUGGAUGGCUGAUUAUAUAUUGUGUAUAGUUAUAUUGUUUGGAUAAAGGGUUUAAAUUAUUGAAGUUGUAUAGUCUCCAUGCACUGGCAAUGGUAUAGUAAGUUGGCAGAUUAAACCAUAUUUAAUUCAAUAACUGUGUUUUUGUGCACUAGUUCUAGUUGCAUUUUUUUGCAGCUUGGAGUUGAAAAAGCUUUUUUUGUUUUAUUUUCCUUUUUCCAGUUUAGCAGUGGAGAUACAGUGUAUGGAGAAAAUAUUUUUUUAUACGGAAAUUCAAAUAAAUUGUUUUUGUAUAUAAGAA